AUGGAGGCCAGGACCGUGACCCGGGCGGCCGCGCGGCGGCGGCAGCGGCAGCAGGCGAUCGCGGAGGCUGGGACGCGGGAGGAGCUGGGACGGCGGCCGAGGCGGCGGCGGCGGCCGGGGAAGAGAAUCGAAGAGGACGAAGAAGCAGCAGUCUUUCGAGAAGUGGUCAGUUUUACCCCGGCUCCUUUGUCAGUUAGAUAUUAUGACAAGGACACCACCACACCUAUCAGCUUUUACUUGUCUUCGCUGGAGGAGCUCUUGGCGUGGACACCGCACACGGAUGACGGCUUUAACGUCGCCCUGGAGCCCUUGGAGCGCCGCCAGCCCCCUCUGAGCAGCCAGAGGCCCCGAACCUUGUUGUGCCAUGACAUGAUGGGCGGGUACCUGGACGACAGGUUUAUUCAGGGCACAGCGGUGCAGAACCCCUAUUCCUUCUACCACUGGCAGUACAUUGACAUCUUUGUGUACUUCAGCCACCACACGGUCACCAUCCCCCCGGUAGGCUGGACCAAUGCUGCCCACAGGCAUGGGGUCUGCGUGCUGGGGACUUUCAUCACAGAGUGGAGCGAAGGGGGCAGGCUCUGUGAAGCCUUCCUGGCUGGGGACGAGCGUUCGUACCAGGCGGUGGCCGAUCGGCUCGUCCAGAUGGCUCAGUUUUUUCGUUUCGAUGGCUGGCUGAUCAACAUCGAGAACUCGCUGAGUCUGGCUGCCGUGGGGAACACGCCUGCUUUCCUCCGGUACCUGACCACGCAGCUGCAUCAGCAGGUCCCGGGGGGCCUGGUGCUCUGGUACGACAGCGUGCUGCGGAGUGGGCAGCUCAAGUGGCAAGAUGAACUCAACGAGCAGAACAGGGUCUUCUUUGAUUCCUGCGACGGCUUUUUCACCAACUAUAACUGGCGGGAGGAGCACCUGGAGCGGAUGCUGCGGCAGGCCGGGGAGCGCCUGGCUGACGUGUACGUGGGCGUGGACGUGUUUGCUCGCGGGAACGUGGUCGGAGGCCGGUUCGACACGGACAAGUCGUUGGCGCUGAUCCGAAAGCAUGGGUUCUCGGCGGCUCUGUUUGCUCCCGGCUGGGUGUAUGAGUGUCUGGAGAAGAGGGAUUUCUUCCAGAACCAGGACAAGUUCUGGAGUCUGCUGGAACGCCACCUGCCCACACACAGCAUCUGCUCCUUGCCCUUUGUCACGUCUUUCUGCCUGGGCAUGGGGACACGAAGAGUCUGCUACGGCCAGGAGGAGGCCGUGGGGCCCUGGUACCACCCAAGUGCCCAGGACAUCCAGCCCUUGUUCGGAGAGCACAGGCUGGGAGGGGACAGUGGCGGUUGGGUGAAGACGCACUGCUGCCUGGUGGACGCCUGGCACGGGGGCAGCUCCCUGCUUCUCCGGGGCACGAUCCCACCUGAGGUUGGGAAUGUGGCCGUGAGGUUGUUUUCCCUGCAGGUCCCGGUGCCGCCCAAAAUUUUCCUGUCCAUGGUCUACAAGCUUGAAGGGCCUACGGAUAUCGGGGUUGCUUUGGAGCUGACCACAGGGGAUGCCAGCAGCUGUCAUGUCGGUGACAUCUCAGUGCUGAACGAAACGAGCUCGAGACACAGUCCCCGACCCCUCCGGGUGCCCCCAACCAAGCUGGCCAGAUGGGCGGGCCGCUGUGGCCAGCCACUCAGUGGGGGCUGGAUCCAGCGCUGCUAUGAGGUGAGCCUGCGCGGGUGCCUCCUGCUGGACCUCUUCGUUAACUUCUCACGGCCGCCAGGCAGCCAGCAGCAGGAGAGCUUCGUCUGUCGCCUCGGAGAGAUCCAGGUGGUGGAUGCCAACAGCCUGCUGGCCCCUCUGCCCCAGGUGCAGGCGGUCACUGUCACGCACACCCGCUGGCAGCAGGCUGCCCCUGCUCAGCUGCAGCUCAGCUGCACCCUGCACUGGUCCUACCCCCUCCCACAAGUCCGUUGCUUCCGCAUCCACCACUGGGGCGGCGUGAGACGGGGCUCUCGCGGCAGGGAGCCACCGUGGCCAGAGAAGCCCACGUUCCUGGGCCUGGCUUUUGCCAACCAGUACCGGGUAGUGGACCUGCCGGUGGAAGCUGCUGGGCCUGGCCAGGAAGGUCGUGUGGAGUUCCUGGUGGAGCCCGUCCCCAAGGAAGGGUUUCUGGUACCACAGGCCGAGUGGGGCCGGGCAGCCCUGCUCUACUCAGCCCCCGCGUGAGCAACGUCAAAGCGCCACCAUCUCCUGGCCUCAGACUGAGGUUCCUUCCCGGCUCUCUGCCCCGGGCCUGCGCCUGUCAAGUGCGGGCAGUGGUGGCCAGACCCAGGUCCCAAGGGCUGGGUGGAGACCCUCCCUCCUCAGCAGGCUGGGACCCAGGCUGUGGCUUUGGUGGGGCACUGGUAAUAGGACAGCCCAGAAGUCAGUUUGCUGAGUUGGUAAUUCCAAGGUGAAUGAACGGCCUUCUGUUUCUGUUUGGUUUCUCUCCAUAGUAUAUAGUUCCCAGGAAAAAAUGAAAGGAUUUGAGGAAGUUUAGUCCAGAAGAUUCCAUAAAGGAUAUUUCCUAACAGGCUGAAAGGUGUUUGUGCUGAGAAUGGCGACUUUCCUCCUGCAGGUCAUCUAGGAAGGAGCUUGAGCUGUGGCAGGAGGGCCUCGGGCACGCCCAGAGAGGGUUCUGGGCUGACCCACAGCGGCCGUCAGGUGGGGGCAGAAAGAGUGGGCCGCUGCAGGGUGGCGGGAAAGGCCCCUUUCUCCUUGGGAUGGGAGCUCAGGGCCAGGCUGGCACUGGCAUUACAUCCCCACGUGGGCAGGACAGGCCAGCUCCAGUGUCCCUGCAAGCCUGAAGUCAUUUCUGGAGAGUUCGCAUCAGCCCCCAGCGCUGUUGUGUCUCCUCUGGGCUGUAGGCACCCAGCGAGGCCGGCCAUGUGUGCGGGCCCCGCCUCCGCCUGGCCGGAGCCAUGGCUCCAGAGAAGCCUCCCUCGGGCUCGGGCAUCGGCCCCAGCCCCGCCCGCGGCCUGCGUGCCGAUGCUCUGGGACCCAGUGGGGCUUUUCCAGCUAUUUUGUUCCUUCACAUCCUCCCCUCUCGGCCUCACCCAAGGCCUGGGGAGACCUAGAGGCGGCCCCUGCGUAGGCGCUGGCUCAGGUGCGUGGGAGUGUGCGGGAGGCAGGUCCUCCCCACUGUGUCCUGUCUUCUCUGUUCUUUCCUUCUCUUUCUUCUCGAACCCUCCUUUCCCCCUCUGCCCAGGCGGGUGUGUGUGCACGGGUUUCGGCAGGAGGCCGUAGGUGAGCUGGAGGCCUCUGCAGCCACACGGCUCCCUAUUGACACCUGGGCUGCCCUGGAGGCUUCCUGACAGUGGUGUCCAGACCCCAUGGCCUUGGGUGACCCUGCUGACUGCUCCAGUCCCCGUGCAGGCGAGGUCUGUUGUGAUCGACAGGAUCAAAGGCCUGAAGUCCCUCGCUCUUGCGGGAGGUCUCUCACCCACAGGCCACAUAGGGCCAGUCAGGGUUACCUUCCAUCGCUGCUGUCCUCUUCCUGUGGUGUGGGGUGGAGCCGAGGGCUAGGAUGCUCUGUGACCACAGCAUCUUCGGACUUGACUUUUCCCUGUAGUGAGGGGAGAGGCCACCAGGGCCAGGCCAGCCAUACCCCUUCCUUGUCCUGAGAGGGUACACUGGGUACCUGUCAGCGCUCUGAGCGCCAGGUCCCCUUCCAGGGGCUGCAGCUGGCCUCUUUCUCCACGUUCCCUGCUCUUCUGGGUGCUCAUGUGCCGAGCACCAGCAGGAAGCCCUGGGAUGAGGGGAUCUGCGCCCUUUCCUAACUGGGAACGUUCUCCCGUGUCUCCCGUGUGGCCCAGCCAGCUCUCACCCCAGGAGGGAAAUGAGUUUGCCGAGCAUGUGGGGCAGGGAGAUCCCUCUGCUGCCCGCUGCAACCCAGAGCAGUUCCGUGGCCUGUUAUGGCUGGGGGACUCCUGGGGCCCCACUCUGUGCCCCAGGGGUGGGCACAGGGCCGCUGGGCUGCCAGGGUUGGGCAGCAUGGCAUGAACACUGCUUCCCUUAUUUCACGAAGUUGUUUUUUUAAAGUGCCUGUUGCCCUGAAUAUUUUAUGCAGAGAAGGAGGGAAAAUUUAUAGUGGCAAUUACUUUCUCACAGUCUGGUGCGCGAGCAAUUAGGAGUCGGGGGGCUUAGCAGAGCGUGGCGUGCGGCGGAGUCUCACCACCCGGCUCCCCAAGAGCGUGGUCCCCAACCCCAACAGCGACGGCUCGUGUACAGGAAAAUUAAUAUGCCAGCACUUAAGCCUGUGCCCCU